AUGGCAGACAUACUGGAGCUGCGGACAGAUGGAAACUCUCUACUGAAGGCAGUAUGGCUCCGGCGCUUGAGACUCACCAGGCUCCUGUUGGAGGGGGGUGCGUAUAUCAACGAGAGCAAUGAGCGAGGAGAGACACCACUCAUGGUGGCCUGUAUGUCCAAACACACUGACCAGCAAAGUGUAAGCAAGGCAAAGCUUGUCAAAUAUCUGCUGGACAACCAAGCAGACCCCAACAUACAGGACAAAGUGGGCAGGACAGCCUUAAUGCAUGCCUGCAUCCAGAAGGCUGGUCAUGAGGUGGUGGCUCACCUCCUAACAAAUGGAGCUGACCCCAGUCUGGAAGACAGAAGUGGGGCCUCAGCCCUGGUCUAUGCCAUCAAUGCUGAUGAUAAGGAGACACUAAAAUUGCUCUUGGAUGCCUGCAAAGCUAAAGGCAAGGAAGUCAUCAUAAUCACCACAGACAAGUCACCAUCUGGGGCUAAAACCACUAAGCAGUAUCUAAAUGUUCCUCCAUCACCAGAGUUAGAGGAGAGAUGCUCCACUGCAUACUGCACCUCUCCCUCUGACAUUGAUGUUAGUGCAUCUUCCUCGCCUAACCAAAUUGAGCACCAAAAGACAGUUUUUAGUUUCCAGACAAAGUUGAAAACAUCCUCUUGCUCAGUAGCAAAGCUUGCUAAUGGGCCCACUUCUCCGACACGCCGGACUACCAACCCCAAGCGUGCACGAUUGCCUCAGCUAAAGCGGCUGCAAUCAGAGCCUUGGGGCUUGAUUGCUCCUUCUGUCCUGGCUGCUGCUGCUGCUACCCAUGAUCAAAGUAAGAGAGCCACCUCUGAUGAAGAUGUUGUUUCAGGCGUGAAUGGACUCUCCCUAACCAAGAAGUCAGCUUUAUCUCGACAGAACAGUGUGGAUGGCAAGGACAGUUUAUUCCCACUUGUGGGUGAACAACCCUGCAAAAUGACAACCUCACUAUCAGUUCCUCCAACAUCUAAACCAUCAUAUGACAGAUCUCUAGGUCAGCACCAGCCUCUAGGCUGGCGCAGCACCAUCCCCACUGAGCAGGACAGCUGCAGCAGCAACAGUGGAACAGCCAAUCUGAGAGACACAGUGCACAGGAGACACCUGGGGAAUGAUCACUAUGACUCAGACUCUCAGCUCUAUUCAGACUCUGCCAUGCUAGACUCUCCUAAGGUCCCAGUGGAGCGAAGGAAACUGAACACCUCAUCAUUAGCCAUGCUGACCAGUUCUAGAGAAUCUCUAGACAGCAAUGCCAGCGCAUCCUCUCCUGGCACAGCACGCAGGCGUGCACCAAGCCUCCUGGAGAGGCGAGGCUCGGGGACUCUGCUGCUAGACCACAUCUCCCAUACGAGGCCGGGCCAUUUACCCCCUCUCAACAUUAAUCCUAACCCUCCCAUCCCUGAUAUUGGGGCCAGUAGCAAGCCCUCCUCACCCCUGGCUGCAGGCUUUAGGUCUAUAGCUCCAGUAGCACCAAACACACCAAAGAGAGGCGGUCUCAAGUCCAAGAAGAAACUUAUAAGAAGACACUCUAUGCAAGUGGAGCAAAUGAAACAGCUUUCUGAUUUUGAAGAGCUGGCACAUUAGCUAGUGUUUGUGUUUAUGCAGCACAUGUUGUGGGACUGGACGCGUUUACACCAUAUUGUCAGGAAGCAGGCUCUCA